AGUUACAGACACAGCCCCCGCUGGCGCAGCCUCUCUGAUUCUCUCUCUUCCUCUCCGCGUCCAGCGCUGGGCUUUUUCAGACAAGUGCAUCUGCUAACCAGGUCACAUUUCAGCCACGACCCACCCUCCGUCAGUCACUGGAGUCAGACAGCAGGAGGAGGGCUGAGGAGGACCGCAGCGCUUCGCCAGCGGCGCGGUGGAGGGAAGGACAUCAAAUCCUGCUGAAGUCCAGACGCCCCCAGGUCCAAGCCCAGACCACGAUGCGCGCUCCGGGCUCCGGGCCGCUGGCUCUGCCGCUGCUGCUCCUCGCCGCGGUCGCCUUGACUGAAGGCGACGCCAAGGGGCUCAAGGAGGGCGAGACCCCCGGCAAUUUCAUGGAGGACGAGCAAUGGCUGUCGUCCAUCUCGCAGUACAGCGGCAAGAUUAAGCACUGGAACCGCUUCCGAGACGAGGUAGAAGAUGAUUACAUCAAGAGCUGGGAAGACAACCAGCAAGGAGAUGAAGCUCUGGACACCACCAAGGACCCCUGCCAGAAGGUGAAGUGCAGUCGCCACAAGGUGUGUGUCGCUCAAGGCUACCAGCGUGCCAUGUGCAUCAGCCGCAAGAAGCUGGAGCACAGGAUCAAGCAGCCUUCUCUGAAAUUCCAUGGAGGCAAAGACUCCGUCUGCAAGCCCUGUCACAUGGCCCAGCUAGCUUCAGUCUGCGGCUCCGAUGGCCACACCUACAGUUCAGUGUGUAAGUUGGAACAGCAGGCAUGCCUGAGCAACAAGCAGCUGGCGGUGAGAUGUGAGGGCCCCUGUCCCUGUCCCACGGAGCAGUCUACCACGUCUACCGCUGACAGCAAGUCAGAGACCUGCACAGGACAGGACCUGGCCGACCUGGGGGAUAGGCUCCGUGACUGGUUCCAGCUCCUUCGUGAGAACUCCAAGCAAAACGGCUCAGCCAGCAGUGCAGCUAGCCCUGCAGGGUUGGACAAGAGCCUGGGGGCCAGUUGCAAGGACUCCAUCGGUUGGAUGUUCUCUAAGCUGGACACCAGUGGAGACCUCUUCCUGGACCAGACAGAACUGGCUGCCAUCAACCUGGACAAAUACGAGGUCUGCAUCCGCCCCUUCUUCAACUCCUGUGAUACCUACAAAGAUGGCCGCGUCUCUACUGCUGAGUGGUGCUUCUGUUUCUGGAGGGAGAAGCCCCCCUGUCUGGCAGAACUGGAGCGCACACAGAUCCAGGAGGCAGCCAAGAAGAAGCCAGGUGUCUUCAUCCCGAGCUGUGAUGAGGAUGGUUACUACCGGAAGAUGCAGUGUGACCAGAGCAGCGGUGACUGCUGGUGCGUGGACCAGCUGGGGCUGGAGCUGACCGGCACACGCAUGCGUGGGAACCCUGACUGUGAUGACAUCGUGGGUUUCUCCGGGGACUUUGGAAGCGGUGUCGGCUGGGAGGAUGAGGAGGAGAAGGAGACAGAAGAGGCCGGCGAGGAGGCUGAGGAGGAGGAGGGUGAGGCGGGUGAGGCAGAUGACGGCGGCUACAUCUGGUAGAUGGCCCUUGACGGCCUCGGCAGGCCAGGGUGCCGACGGCCAGAAAGACGGGCCAGAAGAGACCUGGACAACAGCAGGCAACUUAGCAAAUGGAUCCGGAAGUCAGUGCGAAGGACCCUGGCUCCAGUGGGGAGGACUGGAGAGCGUGGCUUGCUUGCGUGACUGGGGUGCUCGUGCGUGUGCGUGUGCGUGUGCGAGCGUGUGUGCAUGUGUGUGUCAUGCGAGUCACCCAAAGGUUAUUGAUUUUCAAAUGCACACUUUCACACACAUAGACGCACUAAGAGACCAAAAUCAAUGAGACGAGAUGCCCCUCAUCCUGUCCCUCACCCAAUACCUGCAAUUCCUUCCCUGCCCAAUCAACCCAACCCCCUCCUGCCUUUCUUCCUUCCUCUUCUGAGGCCAGAGAGAGGAAGGGCAGGAAGCUGAAAGCUGAGCAUCGUCCUCAGAUCGGGCUGAUCUGAUAUGAAAGCCCCACCAUGGUCUUGUGCUGAUGAAGGCAGGACUGGACACACAACAAGGCUUACCCUUCUGCUGACAUCCCAAGGCACACACAACAAGGCUUACCCUUCUGCUGACAUCCCAAGGCCCAGUCGCAAGUGUGUCCCACUGUGGCCCUGGGCUGCUUCGUUAAGGAUAGCUGUCUAUGUGGCCCAACACAAAACAGUGAACUUAUUUGAAACAUAGGAGGUUUUUUUUGUUACUGUUUUUUGUUCUUUUGAUAACUGGAUUGAAGAGUUCUUGAGUGUGGACGUUGUAGAUGACAAUGCUCUGUUACAAUGUCAAAAGAUGGGACACACCUGAUAGAUUAUCUCCAGAGAGAGCCCAGCAGAACAGGCAGAGACCGUGAGGCAGAGGAGGAUAGGUCCUUUGAUACCAGAUCUCAGAUUGACCCAGUCAGCACCUGUUGCCUCAUGGGGCUCUAGGCUGCUUUCUUGGCAAAUGGGUACUGUCAUCAUCCAUCUGAGCUUUGGUGCAGCCUGCUAUGAGGGCUUGCAGCUGCGACCUCUGUUCCCUGGUGAGGGCCUCCCUUGUCCUGAGGAGCAGAGGACCAGAAAGCAGUACAUGUCUACCCACCGCCUCCUUGACCCUCUAGGAAAUGGUCCCCUUUUGACUAGACCAGUAGAAAGCCAUGUCCCUGAGAUCCUUGUGAGGAAGCAUGGGAAGCUGUGACUUCCUGUGCCCAGAGAUUGUCCUGGAGGAGAGGCCCCAAACCUUAGUCCUCAUAACCAUGGCUUUCCUCUGUCUAAAGGGUCCCCAAGAUGGCCCCAGCAGAACUGUGCCCCAGACUUAAUUUAAAACCCUACAGCAUAUCUGAAUAGAGAACAAUGUAUCAGAGGGGACCACACUGGGCAGCUAGGCCCUGAGGCCAUGCCCUGGUAUCCAAGCCCAGUGGGAGGGGCUUUUACCCAGAUGCCCUAUGGGAUUUUGUGUGUUUAUUGCUCCCCACUUCCCCCUCUCAAAGGAAAUUCCUUAAUAUAUUUGAUGAAGAAUUUCUUACCUGAUAUCCUUUGGUGCGUGUGUGCAUGCAUGUGUGCAUGCAUGCUUACCUCUGUGUGUGUAUGUGUGUAUGUGUGUGUGUAUGUGUGUGUGUGUGUGUGUGAGAGAGAGAGAGAGAGAGAGAGAGAGAGAGAGAGAGAGAGAGAGGGGACACUUGAGGGCCACCCUGAUGGCUAGGGAGAGUGAGAGCAGCCCCCUGUGUGGUGUAAGGCUGGGCAGCUACUGGGGUCCUUGUGCUGAGGCUUGCAGGACAAAGCCCCAGUCUGGCUUUCCCCCAGCCUCUUGGGCACUGGCUGGUUACAUCCACUGAGUAUCGGUUGGACUUUAGGGAAGAGCCUCCUCCUUCCCAUUCCUUCUGCCACCCUGGAAUGGCCACCUUCCUUGUCAUCCCCUGGGGGAAAUAUGGACACACCACUAAGCUCCAUAAAGUGCUUCUCAUCCCACGACACAGUUCUGACUCUCCGGGUGACUGUCACCUAAUCCCAUCCUCUUCCUCCUCCCUCCCUCCCUCCCUCCCUUCCUCAGGCCUCUGCAAUCAUCCUCUGGUCCCUGGCUCAGUCACAUCAGCCCUCUGCAUUCUAGAAACACCCGUUCCUCCUCCUCCCCUUCCUCCUCCCCUCCCCUCCCCCUCCUCCAGCUGGAGUUACUUGAAACUUCCUGCUCUCGCUAGGAUGGAGUCUAAUUCUUCCUCUACCCUAGCUGGAUUUCCAGAACAUCCCAGGGUAGCUGUGAAAGAUUUUAGGCUCUCUCUGGGGUGUGGAGGGGGUGGUGUAGAGGAAGAAGCAAUUCCUUCUUUCACCCCGCCCCGCUGGGGAGCUGUGCUCUGUGUGUCCCUGGAUCUUCUGAUUUUUGUAUCUGACUUUGUAAAUAUGUUUUAGGAAGAAAGCAGAAGGUGUUGGUCAGGCCUCAGGGGUCCAGAAGUUUGUCCCUCUCUCAAGCACCCCCACCCCAUACUGCCCUUCACCCCCACUGAGACAGAGUCCCACAAAGGUAGGCAGAGCAGCUGUUCCUGGUGGGGCAGAACGUCCCCAAGUAGCUCCUGGUUAAGUAAGCUUCAGGUUUCCCCAGGAGCGAGGUCACAGGUCAGAUUAUUGUCAGUCCUGCAGCCUCAUCCUUCAAUAAACUGGCUGUCCAGUUCAGUUCCUCCACGCUCCUGCCAGCUCCCGUUCCCUUGCUGUGGGCAGGAGAGUUAGGGCUGUGUUGGAAAGGGUACAACCAAAUUACAGCAGCACCACAUCUUGCCGGGCCCUGGAGCUGCCCUACUAAGAGCCUCUUUAGCCCUUGAGUGCUGGGAGGCAUGGUGUAGGCUGGAGCAGUUUGAGGUUGGAGGGAGUAAAUGUGCCUAGGGAGACCGCUCCGAGGUCCCGGGAAGAGCAGGGAUGGGGCUUAGCCUGAGAGCCCAGACAGGAGGCAAAGUUGGUGAGAGAGUCAUGGGACAUCUUGACUCCCCCCAUCCCCAGUGCUCUACAGGAGUCGUGACCACAUGUGAUGGGUGGGCACAGGUCCGUCCUUACUCCAGCCCCCUCCCCUGGUUUCAGUUGGUACCCACUUGGCCAUUCUUGAGCUUUUAUCUGCUUUCGGCUUCACUACUAAGUGGGUAGGUGGGGUCUUUUGAUAUGGGCACCCCAAAGCCUGAGACCACAACCCUUGGAAAGAACCAGGGGCCCAUCUUUGACACCUGGGUCAUCACGAGCCCUCCCGCCUGCAGUUGUCCCAGGGAAGGACCUGGGGUGUGUGAAAGGAGAUUCAAGACAUCCGUUCCAAGUCAGACAGCAACCCGCUUCUCAGCCCGUGUCCCACUCAAACUGUCCAAUGUGUAAUCACUGAGCUUAGAGUUACCGUUGUGGUCAAGUGCUUGGGUUCCGUCUGUAGAUUUCAGUGCUGACGUUGUAUCUCUCAGUAAUUUUAGAUGUCUUAAAAAAAAAAAACUGAACAAGUGUUAGGCCCGUGUGUGCGUUGGUGGGCACUCAAGCAUCCCAUGGGUGACCCCAUUCUCUCCCUUUCCUCUGUGCCCCGCCUCCUUCUGCCCCGCACUUUCCUCUGCGCCACGCCCCUCCUGCCCCGCCCAUCCCCACCUGCCUCCACCCGGAGCCCCUCACCUUGCUGUGGUCUUUAUCUGCCUAUUACUCAGCCUAAGGAAACAAGUUCACUCUACACACGCAUAAAGGAAAGCAAAUGUUAUUUUUAAGAAAAUGGAAAAUAAAAACUUUAUAAACACCA